UGACUCGUGCUCCUGUGGCUUUUAUCCGGUUGGCUGCUGCGGGUGCCGGGAGCGCGCCCGGGCGGCUCCCCGGCAGAAAGAAAAAAAAGCAAACUAAGCGGCGCUCCCGGUGUGACAGCUCAGAGCUGUCCACGUCAACACACCGAGCAGCACGGCGGCGGCGAUGGACUACGCGACUCUGCCUACGUGUGACGUCAGACAUCUGCUUCCUAGCGAGGUCGGGGGUGGAGGAUUUAGGAACUGAGACCGAGUGGCGAUCCGAUGUGUUUGUUCUAGUCGAAGAUCAAGGUCGGAGGUUUUCGAGUUCCGAGUUGUCUGUAAACGCAGCUUAAGUCAUGUCAAAUCCUGCACGCCUUCUGAUCCAUAAUGCUAUUAGUGAUGGAACCCUCCCUUUACACGGUGAAAGCUCUUUUCAUUCUUGACAAUGAUGGCAACAGACUUCUGUCAAAGUACUACGACCGCGAACUCUACCCCUCCAUAAAGGAACAGAAGAACUUUGAGAGGAACGUCUUCAACAAGACACACAAGGCCGACAACGAGAUAGCGUUCGUGGAGGGGAUGACCGUGGUCUAUAAGAGCAGCAUCGAUCUCUUCUUCUAUGUGGUGGGAAGUGCUCAGGAGAACGAGCUGAUGCUGGUGUCAGUACUGAGCUGCCUGUUUGAGUCCCUCAGUCAGAUCCUCAGGAAAAAUGUGGAGCGGAGGUGUUUACUGGACAACAUGGAAGGGGUGUUCCUGAUUGUGGACGAAAUCAUCGAUGGCGGGGUGAUUCUGGAGAGUGACCCCCAGCAGGUCCUACAGAAGGUCAACUACAGGGCGGAUGAAAGCCCAUUGUCCGAACAAAGCGUGGCCCAGCACAUAACAGAGAAACUGGCGCUGACCACUAACGUUCUGCAGUCAGCCAAGGAACAGAUCAAAUGGUCCAUACUGAAAUGACCCAGAUCAGACGCAUUCAGGAUUGUCCAGGAAGCUCUCGAGAACAUCUUUAGUCCCAAACCUUAUUUUAUUUUUUCAUAGGAGAAGGCUUCAGGGAAGGGUCGUUACAAGCCUGACAGGCUGCUUUAUGGAGCAGCUAACCAGCCAGUGAUGGGAUUAUAUUUCUUGUGUGACGGCAUUGUGUUACAUGGUGUGUGACAUGUAAUGGACUCAUUUGGUUGGGGAACGAUGUUUGCUCAUAUACUCAUGCAGGUGUGACGUCUAUCAGGCCAAAUGACAUCAGGGAACCGAAGGAGGAUGUGGAGAACUCGGGUCUCAAGUUCUUCAGCACCAGGAUCACUAAUCUAUCACCUUUUUAUUUCAGUGGAGCAGGAUCUUCCGCUCCCAUUUACUCAAAACUGAAUUUGACAGAUGUAUUUCAGCUGUUUUGCAUAUUGCUGAUGUGUACAAUGUGACAGGAAGACACCACCCUACACAGCCCCUUCCAAAAAAAAACACAACAAAAAUAGUUACAUACAAUGUUACAUAUGCUACUCAUUUUUUAAUCUGCUUUAAUGAGAAUCUGAAAAACAAGAAUAGGCACAGAAAAAAUAAUAUCUGCAAAUGCAAGUCAAAAAGCUGAAUAUCACAUACAAUGAAAUGAUGAUAAAAAACAUGUCCUGUAAUAGGGGUGGUGUUAAGUACACACACAGACACCACACACCACAGACACACACCACACCGCACGCACACACACACACACACACACACACACACAUUCCUGCACUGAAUUUCUCUCAGUUUAAUAAAGUUUGUUGUGCUCCUUAAACGACAUACAGCUAAUUUAAAAAUAAUGUAUUGACACUAAACAAAUGUUAGCACCAUGUGUGAGAGGGAAUAUGUUACUGUAAAACAAAAGAAAAUCCUUUAAGUGUACUUCUCUCAUGAAGUUAAAGUAAUAGUGCUAUAUAUAUAUCGCACUAUUAAAGGGUGAUCUAAAGGGACCUUAAAGAUUAUAAAAAAAUGAUUAUACAGAAUAAUGUCUAUUUUCUGAGACUUAAGGAUGUUCAUAGAUAUUAAAUAUUUUCUUAGUUGAGAAGAAGAAGAAGAAAACGCCAAAGACAUUUUGUUACAUUUGGAUGUUGGAACACCUUUUCCUAGUUUUGUCUGUCCACUAUUUGUGAGAUUGAUAAUACAUUUAAUAAAGAAUAAAAUAAUAAUUUAUUCUUUA